UUGCUUCGUCGCAAAGCUACGUGUGACCUUGCGACGCGUGUUGCGCUCCGGUCGCGUAAGCGUCCGCGGCUGUCGCUGCGGCUGCGUGGCGGGUUGUCCAGGUAACCACGGGAGUUGUCGCUAUCUGGUAGCACCUGAGAGACAGGUGUGCGUCAUGCAGUUGAAGCACCUGAGGACCCUGCUGAGCCCUCAGGAUGGAGCUGCAAAGGUGACCUGCAUGGCUUGGUCCCAGAACAAUGCCAAAUUUGCUGUCUGCACAGUGGACCGAGUGGUUUUGCUGUAUGAUGAACAUGGAGAACGGAGAGAUAAAUUCUCCACCAAACCAGCUGACAUGAAGUAUGGCAGGAAGAGCUACAUGGUGAAGGGCAUGGCCUUUUCUCCUGAUUCCACUAAAAUUGCCAUAGGACAGACUGACAACAUCAUCUAUGUCUACAAGAUUGGAGAAGACUGGGGUGACAAGAAAGUCAUCUGCAACAAGUUCAUCCAGACGAGUGCUGUCACUUGUCUGCAGUGGCCCGCAGAGUACAUCAUUGUCUUCGGACUGGCUGAAGGGAAGGUUCGUUUAGCAAACACCAAAACUAAUAAAUCCUCUACCAUCUAUGGGACAGAGUCUUAUGUGGUGUCCCUGACAACAAAUUGCUCUGGGAAAGGAAUUCUCUCUGGUCAUGCAGAUGGUACCAUUGUUAGGUAUUUCUUUGAUGAUGAAGGCUCUGGAGAGUCACAGGGGAAGUUGGUUAACCACCCCUGUCCACCCUAUGCCUUGGCAUGGGCAACCAAUAGCAUCAUGGCUGCAGGCUGUGAUAGGAGGAUUAUAGCCUAUGGAAAAGAAGGCCACGUGCUGCAAACUUUUGAUUAUAGCCGUGACCCUCAGGAGCGGGAGUUCACCACAGCUGUAGCAAGUCCUGGGGGCCAGUCCGUUGUGCUAGGAAGCUAUGACAGGCUUCGGGUGUUCAACUGGAGCCCUCAAAGAAGCAUCUGGGAAGAGGCAAAGCCCAAGGAGAUUGCCAAUUUAUACACCAUCACUGCCUUGGCCUGGAAGCGGGAUGGCUCACGGCUCUGUGUGGGCACACUGUGUGGUGGGGUGGAACAGUUUGACUGCUGCCUUCGAAGAAGCAUUUACAAGAACAAGUUUGAGCUGACGUAUGUGGGACCUAGCCAGGUGAUUGUGAAGAACCUGUCAUCAGGAACCCGAGUGGUGCUCAAGUCACACUAUGGCUAUGAGGUGGAAGAGGUGAAAAUCCUGGGAAAGGAACGUUACUUGGUGGCCCACACAUCAGACACACUGCUGCUGGGGGACCUGAACACUAAUCGUCUUAGUGAGAUAGCCUGGCUGGGAUCUGGUGGCAAUGAGAAGUAUUUCUUUGAAAAUGAGAAUGUAUGCAUGAUCUUCAAUGCCGGAGAGCUAACCCUGGUGGAAUAUGGGAAUAAUGACACUUUGGGUUCUGUACGCACUGAAUUCAUGAACCCCCAUCUCAUCAGUGUUCGUAUUAAUGAGAGGUGUCAACGAGGAACAGAAGAUAAUAAGAAAUUGGCUUAUCUUGUUGAUAUUAAGACUGUUGCUAUAGUAGAUCUGAUUGGUGGCUACAACAUUGGCACCGUCAGCCAUGAGAGCCGUGUGGAUUGGCUGGAACUUAAUGAGACUGGACAUAAGCUCCUCUUCAGGGACCGGAAACUUCGUUUGCAUCUGUAUGAUAUUGAGAGCUGCUCUAAGAUAAUGAUCCUCAACUUCUGCUCCUACGUGCAGUGGGUCCCUGGAAGUGAUGUGCUGGUAGCUCAGAACCGCAACAGCCUGUGUGUGUGGUACAACAUUGAGGCACCUGAGAGAGUCACCAUGUUCACUAUUAGGGUAUGUUGGACACCAGGGGCCCUCAGAUGUGGUGUUGAGCUGAUUAGUUGGAGCCACGAGGAGACUCUGAAGGCUACUUGUUUUCUACAGAGUCUCGCACUGUUACCCAGGGUGGAGUGCAGUGGCACAGUCUCUCCCACUGCAAUGUCUGCCUCCCAAGUUCAUCCAUGCUAUAGGUGCUUUUCUGCUUUGGGCCAAGUAGCAAAAGCUCGAUUCCUGCAUGAGACCAAUGAGAUUGCAGAUCGAGUAUCCCGGGAAUAUGGCGGAGAAGGGACAGACUUUUAUCAGGUCCGAGCACGUCUAGCCAUGCUGGAAAAGAACUACAAACUGGCUGAAAUGAUCUUUUUGGAACAGAACGCUGUGGAGGAGGCCAUGGGCAUGUACCAGGAGCUACACCGUUGGGAUGAGUGUAUUGUUGUAGCUGAAGCUAAGGGGCACCCAGCCCUGGAGAAUCUACGCCGGAGUUAUUAUCAGUGGCUGAUGGACACACAGCAGGAGGAGCGAGCAGGUGAACUACAGGAGAGCCAAGGAGAUGGGCUAGCAGCCAUCAGCCUCUACCUCAAAGCUGGGCUCCCUGCCAAAGCUGCUCGGUUGGUGCUAUCCCGAGAGGAACUGCUAGCCAACACAGAGCUGGUAGAACACAUCACUGCAGCCCUUAUCAAGGGGGAACUCUACGAAAGGGCAGGUGAUCUCUUUGAGAAGAUUCACAAUCCACAGCAGGCCCUGGAGUGCUACCGUAAAGGGAAUGCGUUCAUGAAAGGCUACCCUUCCUCUGUGCCUCCACAGCUGGCAAUGAAAUGCAUGAGACCAGAAGAUGUGUCAGUGCUGUACAUCACUCAGGCCCAGGAAAUGGAGAAGCAGGGCAAGUACCGUGAGGCUGAAAGGCUCUAUGUGACAGUAGAAGAGCCUGAUCUUGCCAUCACCAUGUACAAAAAGCACAAGCUGUAUGAUGACAUGAUCCGCCUGGUUGGGAAGCACCAUCCAGAUCUCCUCAGUGACACACACCUACAUCUGGGCAAGGAGCUGGAGGCUGAAGGCCGACUACAGGAGGCCGAGUACCACUACCUCGAGGCCCAGGAAUGGAAGGCAACAGUGAACAUGUACCGAGCCAGUGGGCUUUGGGAAGAGGCCUACCGCGUGGCCAGGACUCAAGGAGGGGCUAAUGCCCACAAACAUGUGGCCUAUCUGUGGGCAAAGAGCCUGGGAGGAGAAGCUGCAGUUAGACUGCUUACCAAGCUGGGACUCCUGGAAGCUUCUGUUGACCAUGCUGCAGACAAUUGCAACUUUGAAUUUGCUUUUGAACUCUCUCGGCUGGCUGUCAACCACAACCCCGAGAUCCAACUCAAAUACGCUAUGUACCUGGAGGAUGAGGGUAAAUUGGAAGAGGCUGAAGCUGAAUUCAUCAGAGCUGGUAAACCCAAGGAAGCAGUCCUCAUGUUUGUUCACAAUCAGGACUGGGAGGCAGCUCAGCGUGUGGCCGAGGCCCACGACCCUGACAGUGUCGCCGAGGUGCUUGUGGGACAGGCCCGGAGGGCGUUGGAGGAAAAGGACUUUCAGAAAGCAGAAGGGCUGCUGCUCCGGGCCCAGAGACCAGGCCUGGCCCUCAGUUAUUAUAAGGAGGCUGGAUUAUGGAGUGACGCGCUGCGGAUCUGCAAGGACUAUGUGCCCGGCCAGCUGGAGGCUCUGCAGGAAGAGUAUGAGCGGGAAGCUACUAAGAAGGGGGCCAGGGGUGUGGAGGGACUCGUGGAACAAGCUCGACACUGGGAGCAGGCUGGAGAGUACAGUCGUGCCGUGGACUGCUACCUCAAAGUGCGAGACUCUGGAAACAGCGGCCUAAUGGAGAAGUGCUGGAUGAAGGCAGCCGAACUCUCCAUCAAGUUUCUGCCUCCCCAACGUAAUAUUGAAGUUGUUCUGGCUGUAGGACCCCAGCUGAUUGGAAUUGGAAAGCACAAUGCAGCUGCAGAGCUCUAUCUGAAUCUGGACCUGGUCAAGGAAGCAAUCGAUGCUUUCAUCGAGGGUGAGGAGUGGAACAAGGCUAAGCGUGUAGCUAAGGAGUUAGAUCCCAGGUAUGAAGACUAUGUGGACCAAUGUUAUAAAGAGUUCCUCAAGAACCAGGGCAAAGUGGACUCGCUUGUGGGUGUGGAUGUGGUAGCUGCUUUGGACCUGUAUGUGGAGCAGGGCCAGUGGGACAAGUGCAUUGAAACAGCUACCAAACAGAACUACAAGAUUCUGCACAAGUAUGUGGCUUUGUAUGCAACUCACUUGAUCCGAGAGGGUAGUUCUGCCCAGGCAUUGGCCCUGUAUGUACAGCACGGAGCCCCUGCUAACCCACAGAACUUCAAUAUCUACAAAAGGAUCUUCACUGACAUGGUGAGCUCUCCUGGGACCAACUGCGCUGAGGCCUAUCAUAGCUGGGCUGAUCUUCGAGAUGUCCUUUUCAACCUGUGUGAAAACUUGGUGAAGUCCAGUGAGGCAAACUCUCCAGCCCAUGAGGAGUUCAAGACGAUGCUGCUGAUCGCUCAUUACUAUGCCACACGCUCUGCAGCCCAGAGUGUCAAACAGCUGGAGACUGUGGCUGCCAGGCUUUCUAUUUCACUCUUGCGUCACACCCAGCUACUACCCGUAGACAAAGCCUUCUAUGAAGCAGGCAUUGCUGCCAAGGCAGUUGGCUGGGAGAACAUGGCAUUCAUCUUCCUCAAUCGCUUUUUGGACCUGACCGACGCAAUCGAGGAAGGGACUCUGGAUGGCCUUGACCACUCUGAUUUUCAAGAUACAGACAUUCCUUUUGAGGUGCCACUCCCAGCCAAGCAGCAUGUACCGGAGGCUGAGAGAGAAGAGGUUCGAGACUGGGUGCUUACAGUCUCCAUGGACCAGCGGCUGGAACAGGUUCUGCCUCGGGAUGAGCGUGGCGCCUACGAGGCCUCCCUGGUGGCAGCAAGCACUGGGGUUCGAGCCCUGCCCUGCCUCAUUACAGGAUACCCCAUUCUGAGGAACAAAAUUGAAUUUAAGCGGCCAGGGAAAGCUGCUAACAAGGACAACUGGAAUAAAUUCCUUAUGGCCAUCAAGACUUCCCACAGCCCAGUGUGCCAGGAUGUGCUGAAAUUCAUCAGUCAGUGGUGUGGAGGGCUCCCCAGCACCAGCUUUUCCUUUCAGUAGCCGGUAAAGCUGAGGAAGAAUUAGGGCCUCUCCCUCAUUAAAGUUUUAUAAGAAAGU